CUCAGCAGCCAGUGUCCGCAAUUCUCAACGCUUUCCCCGCGGACUUUAAGCAAUAUAAAGGAGGGAUCUACAAAUGUGAGGCCUCGACUGCACAGUGAUGUCAUCCUUAUGGGGGGCAGAGCGUUCGAUUACCAAUCUGCUCAUAGAUAUUGGGAGUUCAAGAACUCCUGGGGCACGGAUUGGGGAAUGCAGGGGUAUGGUAGACUGCUCCGUGGAAAAGGUGGCGAAGGUGAAUGUGGCAUCCUGAAGCAAACUUACUAUCCCCUCUUGGAGGACGACCUCUACCCUGGCGAGCAGUGGAGUGUCGCGGCGACAUUGCGCCGCGCAGUCUGCGCGUUUUGUGAAAUGGGAGCACAUAGUGGGAAGAAGCUUUCGGCCUUGAACGCACCAAUAGGUGGUAUCUACCAGAUACAAGUUGAGGUGCAGUUGCAAAGCUUUGACGUGGGGGCUAGGCAGUAG